AUGAACCGCCUCCUCUCCAUUUUGAUCACCAUCAUCGCCGCAGUCCUUCUCGCAUACAUUCCAGUCAACCUGGCUUCUACAAAGAACCUCUUUCAAAGAGGCCAGCCAAUCUACAACAGAAUCCUCAACCACGCACAAACAACAACUGCGCGAGCAACACCGUUUCUCGGACUUCCCCUGUUCCCUUCUGCUCGUCUCGCAUCCACAGCAACCACGACCUCCUCCAACAUGACGACGGCGACACCACGAGCGAUCAAAUUCUCCUUCCUCGCGCGCGAACAGGCCGAAGGCGCGGGCGCGCGAGUGCGCCGCUCGAUCGGCACACCCAAGCUGCGCAACUUCACUCCUUUCCUCAUGCUGGACCACUUCAGCAUCGCUCCCACCGCCGGCUUUCCUGACCACCCGCACCGCGGCCAAGAGACAAUCACAUAUCUACUCAAAGGCGGGGUGGACCACGAAGACUUUGCGGGCAACAAAGGUACAAUCUGGCCGGGCGACCUGCAAUUCAUGACGGCCGGCAGAGGCAUCAUGCACGCCGAGAUGCCCGUGCAGGGUGAGGAGCUCAUUGCCGGCUUGCAGCUAUGGGUGGACUUGCCGGAAAACCUGAAAGGCUGCGAACCGCGAUACCGUGACCUGCGCGGUUCCGAAAUCCCCGUAGCCACCACGGACGACGGCAAAGUCACGGUCAAGGUCAUCUCGGGCCGCAGCUUGGGCGUCGACUCGUUGAAGGAUCUCGCGUACACGCCCGUCUGGAUCCUCGACAUGACCAUCCAGCCCGGUGGCUCCAUCACACAAGAAAUCCCACUGGGCUGGAAUGCCUUCGUAUAUACCCUGGAAGGCGUCGCUAGCUUCACCAACGGCACGCAGAAACCGGCCCAAGCCGUUCCGCCCUACCAUAAUGUCGUAUUUGAGCAGGAGGGCGACGUGAUGGAUGUCUCGGUUGAAGACGGUGCGUCUGAAGCCGCCCGGAUCAUUCUGAUUGCCGGCCAGCCGUUGAAUCAAGAAGUCGUCCAGUACGGGCCGUUUGUCACCACCAGCAGAGAGAAAGUCUACGAGGCCCUGAUGGACUUUCAGACCGCCAGCAAUGGCUUUGAGCGGGCCAGGAACUGGGAGAGUACCAUUGGCAAGCGGUUAGGACAUGUCAGUUGA